UCCGAAGGAUCGCACUGCAGUCGUGUGUCGCGGCUUCGACGCGCGCCCGUGACCACGCCGCGCUCCGCAAAGGAUCACCUUACGUAAUAAUUACUAAUCGCAUCGGAACCGCUCAUCCGAUAAUCAAUUGUGAAUAGUGAACUCUCGAUAAUUGUGCGACAUUUUUUUUUGCAAUCCCGAUUCGCCGAUCGAUCAAUGUGAACUUGUUUUGUGUACUUUGUGUCAUGUUUUUGUUUUGUUUUCGCGCGGACUCUAUUAUUUUUGGGCGUUGCUGACUAAGAACAAUCAUAUGAUUUUGUUUCGUCUAUGUUAGUUCAGACAUUGUGAGUGAACGCCGAACGAAUAUUUUGUGAACUUUAUGAGGUUUUUGUGAUUUUCUGACUUAAAGUGUUAUGUGGAGAACUACAAAAUAAUUGUGUUAAUUAACAACCACUUGCUCUGAAAACAAAUAGGGCGAGCAAGAAACACUAAAGGAAAACGGCACGCGACCAAAAGAACAAUCGAAUUCGAAUUUCAAAACUUAACGUUCUACAUUCGGAUCGUAUUUGAAAAUUCAUGUUCGACAUUCGAAUUUGGGUUUAGAAUGUGGCGCGUUGAACGCGUUAGUCGCCGGCUGGAUUUGUGAUGAAGCGGUGAUCACAGCCGAAUGCACCCGACGGGCGCAGCUAGUCUGCCCGCCGCUCCAGAGGCGGAGGUGCAAGCUAUGCACUCGAUGGAUUGGCUCUUCAAGAAAGAAAGGAUAUAUCUUCUAGCGCAGUUCUGGCAACAGAGAGCCACGCUGGCCGAAAAAGAAGUAACAACGCUGAAAGAACAACUGGCCACGACGAGUCCUACUCCUCUGCAAGCGACCGUGCCUCCAAAAACCAAUGGCUCCCACAUAGACCAAACUAGAGAUCAGGCCACGGAAACAAGAAUACCGGACUUGUUCAGUCCCGAUAUAAAAGAAGAGAAAAGACUGGAGAUUGAUGAAGAAGUAGAGAAGAUGGAGAUGGCUGCGGGGAGGGACAGUGAUAGUACCAGAAGCAGUCCCGUGGGACAGGCGAACAGCUUGGAGAAUGAACUCGCUGCGAAAGAGAAAGAGAUUUCUCAACUAGUGGAGGAGGUCCGGCGAUUGCAAGCGUCGCUGAACGCGCUCCAAGAGGCGCACGCGCAGAAACUACAGCGGCUGGAGGAGAGGCUGGACGAGAAGAAACAACAUAUAGCCAGGUUGGAGGCGAGACUGGACACUCAGCGGGACUAUGAUGACAUCAAACGGGAGAUCAGCAUGCUCAGGUCCCUAGACCUGGGGUCUGGCGAGCGGUCCCUCGAGCGUAAACCCGAACCCCUCAGGUCUCCCCCCGCGCCCCCGCAGGAGAGGAGAUCAGCGGAGAGGGAGCAGAGCGCCGAACGACGAGACCCAGGUCCUGAAGAGUGGCCGAGCACGCCGCCCCCCCUCAACAACAACACGACGCACCACAACAACAACGGCCCCACGCCGCUGCCGCUGCCGCCGCCCAGCCCGUUCAGAUUCGAAGACCACCGCCCUUACCGCUUCGCAGAAGACAUGGGACCGCUACCACCCGGCGCUCUCGUCGGGCGACUCGGCGACUCCCUUAUCCCCAAAGGAGACCCCAUGGAAGCGAGGCUCCAAGAAAUGCUCAGAUACAAUAUGGACAAAUACGCGAACACGAAUUUGGACACGCUCCACAUAAGCCGAAGAGUGCGAGAGUUGUUAUCUGUGCACAACAUCGGGCAGAGGCUGUUCGCGAAGUACGUCCUGGGACUGUCCCAAGGGACCGUCUCGGAGCUGCUGUCGAAGCCGAAGCCGUGGGACAAGCUGACGGAGAAGGGCAGGGACUCGUACAGGAAGAUGCACGCGUGGGCGUGCGACGAGGCCGCCGUGAUGCUCCUCAAGUCGCUCAUUCCCAAAAAAGUUGGCACAAAAGAUGGCACCCUUGGCCCCGGGUUCGGGAGGUCGGAAGGCGAGGGCGACGACCGCCUGGCUCACAUCCUGAACGAAGCCUCUCAUCUCAUGAAGCCCUCUCAACCCAACAACGAUGACUCUAGAAGCAACGAGGACUCCAGCUCCCCCAGGACGCAAUGCCAAUCGCCAUAUUCCAAGGACUCGAGCCAGAACAGAAGACUGAAGAAGUAUGAGAACGACGACAUUCCUCAGGAGAAGGUGGUGCGGAUCUACCAGGAGGAGCUGGCCAAGAUCAUGACGCGGAGGGUGGAGGACAUGAGGCACAGUCGCGAUGGCUUCCCUGGCAUGUUCCCACCUUUUUUCAGCGGCGGGAUGCCCCCACACAUGGAGCGGCCGCCCGAGGACAUCCGCCUGGCGCUGGAGGCCUACCACCGGGAGCUCGCGAAGCUGCAGCCCCAGGGGAACAUCCCCAACCUGCACAACCUGCCCGGGAUGCCGCCCUUCCCCAACCUCCUCGCGCUGCAGCAGCAAGCCAUGCAGCAAGCCCAGAACCAACACAUGAACGGCUCUGGCGCAGUCCAGGAUCUCUCCCUGCCUAAAGACAAAAACGCCAAAAUGAAUGGAAUGACUGAUAGUGAUAAGGAUAGGCCGAUAGACGCCGAAGAGGCUAUAAGGCACGCGGGCAGCGCUUUCUCGUUAGUGAGGCCAAAAUUAGAACCGGGACAGCAGUCGACGGGGUCUUCCGCGUCGAGUCCGCUGGGAAACGCGAUUUUACCUCCGGCGAUAACGCCGAACGAUGACUUCAGUAGUUCCGCAGCGGCGAGUCCCUUGCAGAGGAUGGCUUCGAUCACGAACAGCCUCAUUUCUCAGCCGACGAACCCCACUCAUCACGCGCCACCGCAGCGCUCGAUGAAAGCUGUUCUUCCGCCAAUAACUCAGCAGCAGUUUGAUCUCUUUAACAAUUUGAAUACUGAGGAUAUAGUGAGAAGAGUGAAGGAAGCGUUGAGUCAGUACUCGAUCAGUCAGAGACUGUUUGGAGAGUCGGUGUUAGGACUGUCUCAGGGUUCAGUGAGUGACCUGUUGGCGAGGCCCAAGCCCUGGCACAUGCUGACGCAGAAAGGCCGGGAGCCGUUCAUCAGGAUGAAGAUGUUCUUGGAAGACGACAACGCUGUGCACAAGCUGGUCGCGUCGCAGUACAAAAUCGCGCCCGAGAAGCUGAUGAGGACCGGGAACUACAGUGGAGCGCCUCCCUGCCCACCCAACAUGAACAAGCCCAUGGCGCCGGCGCAGAAGAUGCUGUCGGAGGCGGGGUCGCUGCUCAGCAAGAUGCAGCAGGAGCAGCUGCUGGGCGGCGCGCACCUGCCGCACCUGCCGCAGCCCGCGCCGCUGCUGCUGACGCCGCCCGGCUUCCCGCCGCACCACGCCGUGGCGCUGCCGCCGCAGCCCGACAAGGAGCGCAAGCCGCCGCCCGCGCCGCACCCGCACCCGCACCCGCACCCCGCCAUGCGCAACCUGCACCACCACAUGUCCCCCAGCGUCUACGAGAUGGCCGCCCUCACGCAGGACCUCGACACGCAGACUAUCACAACCAAGAUCAAGGAGGCUCUCCUCGCGAACAACAUCGGACAGAAGAUCUUCGGAGAAGCCGUGCUCGGCCUCUCGCAAGGAUCCGUCAGCGAGCUGCUAUCCAAGCCUAAACCCUGGCACAUGCUCAGCAUCAAAGGCAGGGAACCGUUCAUAAGGAUGCAGCUGUGGCUCAGCGACGCUCACAAUAUUGACCGACUCCAAGCGCUGAAGAAUGAGAGGCGUGAGGCCAACAAGCGGCGGCGAUCCAGCGGACCAGGACAGGACAAUUCCUCUGACACGUCCUCCAAUGACACUUCAGAGUUCUACCACUCGAGCUCGCCCGGACCCACCUCGGGAGUCCCAUCAGCGAAGAAGCAGAGAGUCCUGUUUUCUGAGGAGCAAAAAGAAGCGUUGAGGCUAGCGUUCGCGCUCGACCCCUACCCCAACAUGCCCACUAUAGAAUUCCUAGCGGGAGAAUUGAGUUUAUCGACAAGAACGAUCACGAACUGGUUCCACAACCACCGCAUGCGAUUAAAGCAGCAGGCGCCGCACGGUCUGCCCGCGGAGCCGCCGGCGAGAGACCAGUCCACGGCGCCCUUCGAGCCGGUCCAGUUCAGGUUGCUGUUGAACCAGAGACUGCUGGAACUGCAGAAAGAAAGGAUGGGUCUCGCAGGAGUUCCUCUUCCGUAUCCUCCAUACUUCGCUGCGAAUACCAACCUGGCCGCGUUAAUAGGUCGCGGCCUGGUCCCACCCGACGAAAGAGUGAAAGACCAGAUCGGCGGGCUGGACCUGUCGAUGCCUCUGAAGCGAGAGCCGGACGGCGACGACUUCGAGGACGACGAUGUCGAGAGCAACCUCGGGUCGGACGACUCGCUGGACGACGGGGAAUCCAAGACGGAGCCCAAAGCGGCGUCGACGCCGGCCGGCCGCUCCAACCGGCGGAAACCCGCCGCGCCGCAGUGGGUCAACCCGGACUGGCAGGACGAGAAGCCGCGGAACCCUGACGAGGUGAUCAUCAAUGGGGUUUGCGUGAUGAGGAGCGACGACUUCAGAAGAGAGGCGGAGGAAACGGUGCGAGUGGAGCCGGCGCCCGUGGCCCGCGGCGCCUCCCCCACCUCCCCGGCGCCCCGCACCCCCCACACCCCUCACACUCCUCAUACACCCCACACUCCCCACACGCCGCACACGCCGAGAGCCACACACACCCCGGAGGAUGUCCUCCCGGAAGACAAAAUCAAAACGGAAAACGACGACGACCGAUGGGAAUAUUGAAGUGCAUACAUAGACGAUAUAUUUAUUGUAGGGCCGGACGAUGUAGAUCAGUGCGAAUAUGUGUAGGAGUUUGUUAAUUCGAUUGUAAGGCCAAAGACUUUUGUACAUAGAUCGUGAUAUGCCAGGCAUACGUCCCGACGGACGAGAAAACCUUACGAUACAAAAAUAUGCAUUUUGCUUUAAUUUUUUUUUUUUUUAUUAAUAUUAUUUAGUGGUCGAAUCGGUACCCUGAUUGGUACAAAUAUCUGAGUAUUUUUAAGUUACGGCUUUUUAUUCGAAUGUAAAUAAAUAUACCAAAAAUGCGUGGACUGUAUAUAGCUAGGGUAGACUGUACUGUAAGUAUUCGUUGCCGGCAUCUUAGUGAUAGGAGUUCAUUUAUUGUUAAUGAAAGUUUAAAGUGCAAUCAUAUGUAAAUUUAAGCUAUGACAUACUGACCCCAGUUGAAAAGUAUUAUUAUGUUUAUAUGAACCGGUAAGGUUUAAAAUAUUAUUAUAAUUGGGUUAUAAGUUUUAUAAUUAAAUUAUGAAUGUUUAUUUUAUACUAUUGUAUGUUUUCUAUGACUAUUUUAUACGUGUCGGGGUAGCUCAAGUUUGUGAUGUCGCUCAUUUUCUCAAUUUCCAACAUUUUAAUUCCGUUAUUUCUUUAGAACAUUUUUUUUUUACAUUUUUAGACGACGUACAAAUUUUGCAACAAAUGAAACGUACGAUUAAGCAAAUACUGUAUUGCUUGUGGUUAUAGUUUUAUUUUAUUUUAGCAAUAAAUUUGCUUUUAAUCUA